CGUGAUGUUUUGUUUUGCUGCGCGGAAAAGUUGACGAUAGCCGAUGUUUGAUUGAAAAGUGGAAAUUUAUAUACAUUAAAACUCCGUUUUCAUCCGCUAUUGAGUCUCGUUAUCACAACGAACUGCAAAAAUGGAUAUCGUAAACGAGGUGAAGACGACUGACAAGGAUUUCGAAAAGAAGAAAUUUGUUGUUCGGAAUGCUGCCGAUAUUCAGAGGGCCAAACUGGAAAAAUUGAUGAAAAAUCCGGAAAAACCUAUUAUCAUACCGGAGGGACCUCGGGAUCGAGACUUUUCUUCUUCGAUUCCAAGUUUCGUUCGAAAUGUGAUGGGAUCGAGUGCCGGUGCAGGUUCUGGAGAAUUUCACGUUUACCGGCAUCUACGUCGCAAAGAGUAUGCCCGCCAAAAACAGAUUCAGGACAAAAGUCGAUCCGAGCUGUUGGAUGACGAAUUCCAGGCAAAGCUUGAAAAGAACAAACAAGACGCUGACGAACGUACUGCCAAAAAGCGAGCCAAGAGACAGAAAAAGAAAGCCAAGCAAAAGGCAAACCGGGGGAAGAAACUUCGCAAGACAGACGAUGAACCCGAUGAGGAAAGUACCAGUGAAGAAGAGGAAGAAGAAGGAGACAAACCAACUUCCGGAAAAGAUGAAGCUAAAAUUGGCGAAGGAGAUAAAGCUGCACCUCCAGAUGGGGAAGAAUCUGGGGUAGCGGAAGCAGAUGCUUCUGGAAAAGAUCACCCCAGCGAAACAGAUGCUCCCUCGAAAGAUGUAAGCUUCGAGUCAGAAUGUAAAAAUGAUGAAUACAAAGAAACGGAUACAGAUUAAAAAUAUUUUAAAUAAAGCAUAAAUAACAUGAUUUCUUGUUGAGAUUGUUAGGCGUGAGAGAGAGUGAGUUAGGCUAACGGAUGGUCCACCCGAUUGAACGUGAUCCUUUCAUAAAUACUAGCAGAAUUGGGCCUAUAUUUUGAUAUUGAAUGGUUAUCAAUAAACUCAAGAGGCUUAAAACGGGGAAAUAAAAAAGGAUGUUUAGUGGUCCAUUAUUAUGGCUCAGGCUGCAUUUUUCGUUAAUUAAAUAUGCGUCGAUAAUUUUUAUUUUUUAUUUUAAAUUUAUUUUCUUAAAACCUGAAAUAAUAGUUAAUUAGUAACCGGCAGGCUGCGUUAAAGUUAAUAAAUUACAAAUUGAUAAGGCGAUUUGGUUAGGAAAACCACCCGACGUUCCAGUGAGGGAUGUAUUAGGUAUGAUGGACUUGGACUAUAUGUUCGAGAUAUACCUUUUCCUAAAAGCUAUCGAUCUUCGACUAUAAUUCUCUUUAUUUUCAUAUUUCCCUUUCUAUCUUUCUUUUUCUUCAAAAAAAAAAAAAAAGUGAACUAGAUCUAAGUACACA